CCUCGAUCAUUUGAAGGAACUUGGGAGAAGCUGUCACAGGUCGCUGUCAAGGGCGCCGAGUUUGACUCCCGCGAACGCCAGCCCCAUCCGAAGUGUUUGCAAGGGACCCGGGUUACACUUCUCGAUAAAAUCUAUGGAUUACUAGACAACCAGGAGAAGAGUCGGCUCGUUUGGCUCCAUGGCACAGCGGGCGUCGGAAAGUCUGCUGUUGCUUUCAGUGUAGCUGAAAGGAUGAAAGGUUUAAAAGUGAAAGAGCAAGUGGCUGGCAACGAAAAACGACUCCUGGGAUCAUUCUUCUUCUCGCGCAAGCACACAAAACGCUGUACGACUGGGUAUUUUUUUGCAACGCUCGUCUACCAGCUUGCCAGCAAUUUUCCCAGCAUCCAGGCGGAUGUAAACAGAGCUAUCCACGAGAAUCCUGCACUUCUAGACCCCGACAAGUCUCUUCGUGACCAGAUGGAGGGCCUAUUCCUCCCACCUCUCCGGAGGCUUCGUUUCAGGCUGUGCCAGUGUCCACCUUCGGUGUUUGUUGUUGAUGCCCUUGAUGAAUGCAUAUCCGCAACCGAGAUUGUCGACCUCAUCUCCCUGCUUAGCGAAGCUCUUCGUGAACCUAAACUGCCAGUCAUCCACAUUCUGCUCACGAGUCGCUCGGAAGCGCAUAUCUGUAAAGCCAUUGAGAAAGAAGAGGUGCUCUCCAUUACUACCAUCACCUCGCUUGACGGCGCAGAUGUUGACAACGACAUCUAUAUCUUCUUGGACCACUCCUUUAGAGAGCUUCAAACUCGCCACCCCGAUUUCCCGCAGCCGCCGAGGCAUCAACUUGCGCGGCUGGCUAGCCGAGCGGGUAGACGUUUCAUCGUGGCAUCUACAAUGAUGAAGUUCAUUGAUGAUGGGGACAAUGAUCCCCGCGACCGGCUGCAGCUCAUGCUCGAGCUAACGAGCGACCUACUGCCAGGAACAGAGGUGUACAAGUUAUAUGACCAUAUCCUCUCCACAUGUACUGAUCCCAAGCGGGCAUACAUGCAUCUGUCUGUCGUAGCUGCCCUUGCGGACCCUCUGUCAAUUUCACAAAUCUCGAAACUUCUUGGCCCUGGUCCGGGCAGAGAUGUCGAAACAACAUUGGCGCAGCUUCGAUCUGUCAUGGAUAUUCCUACUGACAACAAUCUCCCCGUGAAUAUCCACCACUCGUCCGUCCGUGACUAUGUUUCCGACCUCUCAAACUGCGGCCUUACUCAAGUGCAAGAUAUCACACCACCCCAUACCCUGCUCGCUCAAUCCUCUUUCCGCUUGAUG